UUAUCUUUAUAACAAAUCGAUAUUAGGGAUAAUGCUUCCAUUCUAUCGUUCAAUUGACAAUUGACAGUGUUAAGGUUAAACUUAAAAAAGGGAGGAACUUUUGGGAGGUUAGAAAUGUUACUAAUGAUAGAAGUAAUCGUGAUUUUUUAAUAAAAUGGAUUUGCCUUGCGGUGAAAAUAUAUUGUAUUUGAUGGAAGAAGACAUUAAUUCGUUUCUUAAUAGUGACAUGGAAAAUACAUCAAUUGAUUUGGAUAAAAUAUAUCAAAAUGAUGAAGAAUAUCCUAUCAUCAACAGAUACAACUUAAUUACACUUGAGGCAGAUCCUCUUUUAAGUGAAGCCCAAAUUACCGAAGGUAGUGCUAUGUUCGAUGCAUUUGAUAUCUGCAUUCCCAAUUCAACGUACAUCUCCAAGAAAUUCAAACUAAUAGAGUCUGAUGGUACAAUACUAAGAACAGUCACCGAUAAAAGCAAUCAAAGCCAAAACCUAUGUAAAACGAACAGUCUGUUUCCAAAAACUGAUACAUUAAAAACAGUGACGUUACUUACAAUAGAGAUGAAGGUUGAUGGUCAAUGUGCUGCUGCAAUUUUCAAAGAUACUGAAGGAAAUCAAAUUUUCUCACCUCAGAAUGUGCAGUUACCAGAUAAUUAUGUACAGUCAGAAAAUGUACAAAAAAUAAAAACAGUAAAUCAGGUUCCGAUUUGUUCGGAGUUAGACAUUACUUUACCACAGAUAGUUACUGCUUUGGGUGCUAAAAUACAUUUGUGCCCCCUUAAAUGCAACAAAGCCUAUCUACAUGUUGCGGAAGCAAAACUUCAUAUUCUUAAACAUAUACAAAUAAAGCCGUAUAAAUGUAAUCAGCGAGGAUGUUCUUGGCAAUUUUACACAGCUUCUAAGCUUGCUAGACAUAAAGAAACUCAUUCAAAUAAUAGAAAUUUUAUAUGUGAUAUAUCAGGCUGUAAAAAAACCUUUUCUACCAUAUAUAACUUAAACGAUCAUAAGCGGAGACAUAGCAAACCUGCAACGUUACCUUGUUCUGUAAAUGGUUGUAAUUUACUUUUUCAAAAUGAAAAGCAACGAAGGGCACAUUAUAAAGCACAUGAUAAUAGAGAUGCCCCUUUUCAUUGUAGCAUAGGAAAAUGUACAAAAUCUUUUUUUACCAAGUCAAUACUUGAUGCUCAUUCAAGAUCUUGCACUCAGAAAGGGCUGGAAAAUGUGUGCAAGUAUCCAAACUGUGGAAAGGCUUUUGCUACUCCAUAUAGACUUCGUGAACACAUUAGAAUACAUACUGGUGUUAAACCAUAUAAAUGUCAGUUUGAGAAUUGUACAUGGAGUUUUACAACAGCAAGCCGAUUAAAAAGACAUCAAAGCACGCAUAUCCCUGAAAGGAAAUUUCAUUGUACUAUGGGAAAUUGCAAUAAGUCUUUCUUAAGAUCUGAACAUUUAAAAGACCAUACAUUGACCCAUAUUGAGAAGAAAAUGUUUGAGUUGGAAGGCAAAUCAGCAAUGCUAGCCCAAAUGAAAAAAAACAGUUCUGGGAAAAAAGAGCAGAUGGAUGUCCAACAGGGAGAGGUAGAUUCUAAAGCAAAUAAUCAUGCAGAUAUAUUACUAAAACAAGCAAUUAGAAGUCUUGAAGUUCCUUCUGAUGCUAUAUUGGGAAAUGGGUUAGUUGCUAAUAAGAAACGUGUAUCUGUUGAGGACGAAAAGUUUUCUACAGUAAACUUGCGUGAUCUCGACUAGUAUUUAAGGACGUUAAGUUAUCAAGGUUGUUUUAAUUUUCAAGACUAAUUAUUUAUUAAAAAUUUGUAAUUCCAAAAUCCCUAUUUAAAUAAAUAGC